CAAAAAUGAGCACUUCAUGUCAACAUCUUCCUCCCUCCCCCAAAACCCCUAAAAAAUGGCGAUUCACAUACGAAUCAAAUUCACACAUCCCCGUUCUCCGAUUAUACAUUUUCAAUCACACCGACAACAUCAAUCCAUCCUCUGAAUUCACCAAUCUAAACGCCACUAUUUUAUUCGAUAAAUCCUUACUCCAACUAACUUGGGUCCACAAUGAUCAAACUACAUCUAUUUGGGUCCCUAUUCCCCGGGUUUUGAUUGACCCGGAUUCCCCGAUUAGUUUACGAGCUCUCGAUGAUCACGUUGAAGUCAAAUUUGUUCUGCUUCUUCCUGUUGACCAUCCACUUGUUUCCAAUUUUCACUUUGAGGAUACUUCAGCUGAAAAUGAUCAGUUUCAACCCCUUCAGCUGGAUUCCGAUCUUAAGAGGCUGACUUGGUGCGGGGAGACGUACUUUUACUGUAGAGGUUGCUCUACCCAGUUAUCGAGAGCUGUUCGAACUUUCAAGGAAAUGCCGUCUGUUAAUUGGCGUGAGGCAGCUGAUAACUGGUUUGGGACGUGCUGCUGUUCUUUUGGUGGUGUAAGCGAGAAACUGGUAGCGAAAUUUGCCGACUCGUAUACAUGUUCAUCUGGCAUGUGCCUAUUAAGCGUGACUUCUGUUGUUCUCUGCAAGGAUGACUUAAUAGGAUAUAAAUUUCCGGAUAACGUUGAAGUUCAUAAGUCUCAAGAGUUUAUUGGGAUUAACGGUUUAGAUAAAUUUGAAACCUUGACGAUUAAUCAUGGUAGUGAAAAUGAAUGCUGCCAUGUUAAUGCAGACGAAGACCAAACACCAUAUUAUACAAGCGAGGUAUUAGCAAACAAGGCUAGUCUUCUCAAUGGCCUUAUUGGAAAUAGCUUUAUGGUCACAUCCCCUUAUCUUUCAAAAGACAUCAAAUGGAGUGAAAUUUUAUGUCCUAAUUGUUCAUGUCUUCUUGGAGCAUAUCCACAUGAUAAUAUUGAUGAGCCUUUAAAGGGUUCCCCAUUGAAUGAUGGUAUUCACUUGUUUAAAUGUUUUAUAUCUACUUGCUUGCCAGUUGGAGGUCCAACAGACUUGUUUAGGAAUUACACUUUGGAGAGGAUGUUCACUAGCCAUUUGUUGGAAAGCGCAAAAGAUGAACUCUCGUUCCGAACUGUAGUUAGGAAUCUGCAGACCAGAUCUCCAAUGUUGCAAAUUGUUCUUUUGAACCCAAACUCAUGGUGCUCAUUUGGGAAUUGUAUUGAUGCAAUGAUACCAAUUCCCAAUAUUCUUAUGUAUCCAAUGAUUAAAGUACUAUUUUCAGACUGUACUGACAACACUGAGUUUCAGUCAAGGAAGUUAGAUGAAUGGGCUUCUAAGAAUCAAGUUGAUGAUGUUUACAUGCUGACAUCAAAAGCAUUAGCAGAAUCAUUGAAGGUAGCUAACAGUAUGCUUCCGUCUUCACAUGCAUGUCUUCAGGGUUUGUCUUUAUCUUUCUUGCGGAUGUAAUGAACAGUAACAUACAAAUUUUAGGACUUAAGAGUUAGAAUGGAACUAUAACUUUUUUAGUAGGUAAAUUUACAGUUAGAAGGUAAAUUUUAGUGUUUGGUUUAUUGUUGUGAAGCUACCCCAUGACAGAGAUUGUAGUCCUAGAUGGUUGGGGAUCUGACGUUAGAAUUCAUGAGACAAGGAUUCUUGAAGAGUCAUAAUGUAAAAAAAAAGGGUAAUGGAGGGAACCCUAGCCCCGGUACCACAAUUGAAGAGGCAUAAUGUAUUACUAUGCUAACUACGUAACCUCAAAGUCACUACUAUUAUUGUUUUAUUUAA